AUGACACUUGGAUUGUUUGGGUUUGGCUGGGCUAUCAAAGACCUCCCGGAGAGCGCAAAAAAGCCCAAGCCGCAAACGCCACGCAAAUUCCUCACGGUCAAAAUAUCCAACAUUCCUAAAAGCGUGACCAGGGAAAAACUUGAGCAUAUCUUAGCCGAGACAACCUCGGACGGGACUAAUGAGACUAACUUUAUCGGAUCAUCCUAUACGCCAGCUGCCAUCUCAGGCCUUUCUGACCGGUUUUGUGUUGCCACUGCAACCUUCCGAACAGCUCCAUCAUGUGGCGAGCUGGAAACUGCCAUCAAACGCGAAAUCGGCCCUGAGGCUUCUCGAUUGAAAGUUGAUGAAGACUUUUUUGGUCUCACACCUCUUGCAGAUCCCCUGCAAGACACCGAAGUGGAUAUCGUUGCGGUUACUGGACUUGCUGGACAUGCAUUCGGAUCAUGGAAAUCAAAAGGGAAGGAAUCCAUGUGGCUACGAGACUUCCUCCCAGCAUCGAUCCCAAAUACACGCAUCUUGACAUACGGCUACGACACCAAACUUCCCGGAAGCCAGUCGGAGGCAUCCAUCCGGGACCUAUCGAGGAGGCUCUUGGAAUCGAUCAAGACCACUAGAGAUGGACAACUGAGAAACCGGCCACUGAUUCUUAUUGGGCACAGUCUUGGAGGUCUUGUCGUGAAAGAGGCCCUUGCCGAAGCAUCUAAUGGCAGCGAAGAUGACCAAGCAGUCUUCAGGGCUUGCUAUGCCGUUUUUUUGUUUGCCGUUCCUAACAGAGGCCUCGACAACUCGAGUCUGCAGGCCAUGGUCAAAGGGCAGCCGAAUGAACAAUUGAUUAGAAACCUCUCCCCGUCCUCUUCAUUCUUGACUCUCCUUCGAGAAAGGUUCGACGAAAAGUUUACACUCAAAGACUCGAAAAUAAUAUGCGUGUUUGAAACCAAAACGACCCCGACUGUCGAGUGGUCCCCGAGAACAGCAUCAUGGGAAAGAACUGGAGAGAAAGUCAUGAUGGUUCCAGUCACAUCCGCUACGAACAGCGGCCCAAAUGAAAAGGCGUACGAUCGACUCUCUAUAGAUGCCGACCAUUCCAACAUCGUCAAAUUCAGCGACCAAUCUGACGAGGACUACGUCAUAAUAGAGUCGAGGAUAAGACGGUUGGUUGCGGAUGCGCCGGGAGUUAUUCGAGACCGUUUAUCGAGCCACGUGAAGAAAUUAUCGCACUUGGAAUCUGUCUACAUUCAAGCCCUCAAAGCUCCUAACUACGCAGCGUUCAGAAAUUACAAGAUCGAUGAUCCGACAGACGGAACACUUGGUUGGUUCUUGGAAAACAACCAGUUCCGUUCUUGGAAAACAGAAGAUCGAUCAUCAGUGCUCUGGAUACAGGGUUCACCGGGUCAAGGGAAGACAAUCCUUGCCAAAUUCCUUUUGGACCACUUGGAAAACUCCCUUCCUGCUGCCAGCAUUCGUGCAACCGUCAUCUAUUUCUUCUUCUUCAAUCAAGAUGAUGACCUCAGGACUGUCAGCGCUGCCUUAAGGUCUCUGAUCAAGCAAUUGCUUUCUGCUCGAAAUGCCUUCCAGGUCAUCUCCCAUGCCACUAGCAUCGAAAAUUUCGCAAUACCUGACGAUGAUCUUUGGGAUAUUCUGAAAGAGCUUCUUUGUGCUCCCAUCUUCGGCACAAUAUACUGCGUGGUAGAUGGCGUUGACGAGUGCCAAGAUGAUGAAUUGAGACGCAGAUUUCUGAGAUACAUGACGACGCUCGUUCAGCCAAAGCUUGGGACAAUACAAGCAUUCCAGAUUCUCAAGCUGCUCUUCAUAAGCCGCCCAACGGUGCAGUUGAGCCGAGAGCUGAGUCAGUACCCGAAGAUCUAUCUGAAAGCCAACCUCCAAGAUCUGAAAACAUUCAUCAAGGACAGCAUCAAUACCCUAGGACUGAGCAUGCAAUUACCAGAGAAUGCGAGCGAUUUAUUAGCCGCUCAUGCUGAACAGACCUUCCUAUGGGUGUCGAUUGUUCUCAAGAAAUUGCAAAGCGCGUCGUCCUUGCUUUCACAGGCAGACCUGGAAGAAAUGAUAAGCGACAGUCCAUCAGACUUGACGGAACUCUACCAAGGCAUUGUUGACCAGAUCAUGGAAAUCAACGAUGUCGCGCAACAAAAGCUUUUGACAUGGGCAGUCUAUGGCCGACGAGCCUUGACACUCGUUGAACUUGAAGAAGCUCUUGCAGUACAAGAGGGUUCUAUCAGCAAGGAAUCUACCGACAAGCAUAGAAUCAGUCUCACCAAGGGCACAAUCACAAGCGCUGCUGGAGUCAUUCUAGAGGUCAUCAACGGAAGACUCUAUCUGAUACAUCAAUCAGCCAAGGAUUUCCUCCUCAAGAGCAAAUGCCUAGCAACCGCUCAGUUCUGCCGAAGUCUGCAUCCCAAUAUUUACUUGGCAAGGGUCUGCAUGACAUUCUUGUGUUUUGAGGAUUUUGAACUUGGCCCUUGUGGUGACCGUGAAGUACUGGCUGAAAGGAACCGUCAGCACCCAUUCCUUAGUUAUGCUGCACGUCACUGGCAUCGUCAUAUUGAGACUACGGAUGACAUUCAAAGCUUCACUCACGUCAUUGACCGAAUGAUCAGCCCAGGUUCUCCAAUUCUUCUCUCUUGGGCAGAAGCAUCUGGAAUACUAGGGCUUGAAGAGGCAGAAAAUACGUGGGAAGUGGCCACUAAGGUCAACAUUCCGUGGUUGGCUGAGUUCAAGUCAAGAGACACCAUCAUAGAUAAUGACAUUGUUCAAGAGGCUUCUAGAUCUGGUGCGAGAGGAUACAACUCUUUGAGAUCCUUUGUUAGAGGAAGUGGCGUUCGAGUCACCGAAGAGGCCAUCCGCACAGUUGCCAAGGAAUUCGAUCAAGAGAUGAUGCGACACUUCUUGGACAACAAUAGUCACAACUUUGAUAUUCCUGCACUGUUAAAGGAAGCAGUGGGAAACACAGAGAACGGCGUUUCUGUUCUGCGCUUGUUGAUGGAAGUCCAAGGCAAGUUCACUCUCACGGAUGAAUUAGUCCACCUGAUAGCUUCGAAUGAGAGAAACGGCGACGACAUCCUGGAGUUAGUCUUGCAAAAUGAGAAUGUUGAUAUUCCAGAGACCACUCUCGCCAAAAUAGUGCGAAUUUUUCACCCCCUGGUAGUGUCGGCCUUGCUGAACACGCGAGAAGACAGGAUGGUCACCGAGAUGGUUUUUGACGCCGCCAUGGAGCAUAAAUCAUAUUACCACGCAAACUUGUUGAAAGAUCUCUUUCAUCAAAGAGUUGAGGGCUUCCAAGUCACAGAACAGCUCAUGGAGAGAGUUGCACUGGAACUUGAUGAAGAUAUCAUGGGUACUAUUUUGCAAACGCAAAGCCAGGAUCUGCGGAUAACAGAAGCAGUCAUCAUAGCAGCAGCAAAAAAUUUGAAAGGGCCGGAGAUGGUGGCUCUGCUACUGAAGGAACGAGGUCAAGGUGUUCGGAUUACAGAAGAGGUUCUCAAGGCAGCAGCAGGGAAUAGAGGACAUAAAGCAGGGGAAGAAAUAAUGGCUUUUCUGCUUUCGGAGCGAGGCUCAGAGGUUCGGAUUACGGAGGAGGUGCUCAAGGCAGCAGCAGGAAACAGAGGGCGCCAUCGAGUAGGAGAGGAGAUAAUGGCUCUGCUACUAAAGGAGCGACAUCAAGAGGUUCAGAUUACAGAAGAGGUUCUGAAAGCAGCAGCAGGGAAUUCGGGAAGUCAUGGAGUAGGAGAGGCGAUGAUGACUCUUUUGCUUCAGGAACGAGGUCAAGGGGUUCAAAUUACAGAGGAGAUUCUCAAGGUAGCAGCAGGGAACCCAGGAGACGGAGCAAGAAACAUAAUAGAUCUUCUCCUUUCGGAGCGAGGUCAAGAUGUUCAGAUUACAGAGGACAUUCUUAUUGCAGCAGCAGGUAAUCCAGGAGAGGAAGCGGGGACAGAUAUAAUAUCUCUUCUGCUGAAGGAGCGGAGUCAAGAGGUUCAGAUUACAGAGGAGGUUCUUAAGGCAGCAGAAGGGAAUCCAGGAGACGGAGCAGGAAACAUAAUAUCUCUUCUGCUGGAGAAUCAAGGCCGACAGGCUCUGAGAUACUGA